CGGGGCGGGUAAACUGGGUGCGGAGGUGCCCCUGGGAUGGAAGGACCCAGUCACGAAGUGCGCAGGCGCACACGGCGACGCGAGCGUGACGUCACAGCGCGCCUUCUGAGCCGCGACGGCGGGCGGAGGUCGGUGCUGGCGGGCUGUGGCGGCUGGGGCUCUGCAGAGGUUCCGGCGCCAUGUUCGGCUCCAGCCGGGGCGGCGUGCGCGGCGGGCAGGACCAGUUCAACUGGGAGGACGUGAAGACGGACAAGCAGCGGGAGAACUACCUGGGCAACUCGCUGAUGGCGCCGGUGGGCCGGUGGCAGAAGGGCCGCGACCUCACCUGGUACGCCAAGGACCGCGCGCCGUGCGCGGGCCGGAGCCGCGAGGAGGAGCUGGCGGCCGUGCGCGAGGCGGAGCGCGAGGCGCUGCUGGCCGCGCUCGGCUACAAAAACGUGAGGAAGCAGCCCACAGGCCUGAGCAAGGAGGACUUCGUGGAGAUCUGCAAACGCGAGGGAGGUGACCCUGAGGAGAAGGGCGUGGACCGGCUGCUGGGGUUGGGCAGCUCCAGUGGCUCCGCGGGCCGCGUGGCACUGUCCCGGGAAGACAAAGAAGCUGCCAAGCUUGGGCUGUCGGUGUUCACGCACCACCGCGUAGACAGCGGCGGCCCAGGAGCCUCCCCAUCCACCACCCGGAGGAAGCCUCGCCCUGAGGACAGGACCGAUCUGGGUACAGAGAGUCAAAAGAAAAGCAAGAAAGAAAAGAAGAAAAAGAAGAAAAAACAUAAGAAACAUAAGAAGAAAGACAAAGAACACAAGAGGGAGGCUGACAGCUCCUCCUCUUCUCCCUCUCCUCGGCCCAGGCACCAGAGGCAUGAUUCUGACUCCUCCUCCCCCUGCUCUAAGAGAAGGAAGUGGGGACAUAACAGGGACAGCGGAAGGAGCCCAUCCCACAAACGGCAGGACAGAAGCUCUGACGACUGAGAAUGUGGGUAGUUACCAAAGGACGGCAGAACUCUGGUUGCCUGAGCCAGGACACUGACCACCACUGAGCACUAUGGGAUCUAUCGAGAGUGGUCUCCACUGAUGCUAGGUGGUCGUCUGCUCCCUGGCAUGACUCUAAGCCAAGUAUGCUCGGCCUUGCGAGCUGCCUGGCAGAAAUCACUCUGGGUCUGUGUGAAAUGAGCCUGAGGAAUGGGGUUUCAGUGCCCUUGCCUUGCCCCAGUGCCAGGGAACAUGCAUCUGCUCAGGAGUCUUUGAGUGUCACAAAGUCCAGGCAGGCCCUCAAGGUUUAGAUGUGUGUAUGUGGAUGGGUAGGGUUUUUUUUUUUUUAAAUAAUCUUUUUGAGUGUCUCCUUGUAGCCCCAGUUGACCUGGAACUAUGUAAACCAGGCUGGCCUCUAUCUCACAGAUGCCUGCCUUGAGUGCUGGAUUAAAGGCAUGUGCAACCAUGCCCAAACCUACUUCCACUUUUUGUAUCAACUCACUUUGUACUUAAGUAAAUGUAUUUUAAAAGUAGAGUGUAGUGUCACUGAGGGCAUACUAUUCUGGGAUGAGUGAGUAUCCUGAGGCCCUCCGUCAUUGGGUCUGGGAACCAAAGCCCUGUCCUUGAGGUUGCUUUACAACUGGACAAGUGGCUUCAAGAACUGGCAAGAUCCAUCUUAAACUUGCUUUGGUUUGGCUAGGAUAUAUGUACCUGGACUCUGGAGUGGCUGUCUGCCCUAGAGCCUGGUUCCUGCCUCAGAGGCAGUGGGCUCCAGUAGCUGGACAACAGUGAUCUAAGAGCUAAGUGUGCUACUAGGCAUACAGCAGGUUGGUGUUUUCUGGCUUCUGAUUAUAAAAAGUUGUGUGUGUGUGUACUCUGGGGCAGACCACAUGUCUUCUGAGACCUGCACUGUGACUGGAAUGUUGACCUGUGUCCUGUAGGUGGCCAUCUAAGCUUGAGUGAAAAUUGCAGUUGUCUUAAGACACCACCUCAAGGGGGUGAACAUCAGUCCACUUGGGCAGGGUCCCACUUAGAACAAGGAGAGCAGACUUUGGACCUCCUAGUGGCCAUCCCCACCUAGGGACACAUACCCCGUGUACCCCGAAGUCUAGCUGCUUACUGUAGGGAGAUGAGGCAUACCUCAGUUUAAGCAAAGCACCAGAGGCUGGCAGUAGCUGCUGAGACAUGAGGGGAGCCAAGGCAUUCAGUACUGACUGACUUUUAUGUUUGCCACCUCCUCCAAAGUGAGCUGGAGCAUUCUUCCACAGGGCAAGAAAAAUGUCCCCAGGCUUUGCAAGCAGGCUGUGGUAUGGCCUGACCUAGUGGGAAAGUCUAGAACUUGGAGGGCACUUGUUCCCUUUAACAUGAGAGCUACUCCUACUUCCCUGCUUUCCAGGAGACGUCCUGACAACGUGAACACUGACACACAAGCCCAUGAAAUAGUUAAGAGACUUUAUUCUAAUAGCUAUAAUUACAGUGCUUGUCGAAAUGAAAACUGAAAACAAGUAUACAAAACAGUUGAUUACUAAUUGUGUAUUGAAAGCAGUAAGAGGUUCCACAACACCAAAUAAACCAGUUCUGAGGUUUCCCCAAGAUAAAUUUAACAGCUCCAGCUUCUUCAGUGUUUAUCAAAAUACAAAAGAAAAAAGUAGAGGUCGUCUUUCGAUGGCAAAUCGGACCCUUGCAGGCUGAGGGAGGAAGCUACUUCACACAUGGAGAUGGGGGUGCUCUGGGAUGUGGGUCUGAAGUGGACCGACCCUCCCAGCUUGCACGUGCUCCUGCUGGUGAGACCCAGGCCUCCUGCCAGCGCGUCCAAGUGGGCCCAGGAGCAAGCUGGGAACGUGGGCUGCCAUCUGGUCCAGCCACGCACACAUCAACCAAGGACAAGGCCAGGCCCUGCACCCCACAGUGGCCCCAGCCUGCCCCUAGUUGACCAUGUGAGCACAAGUACAAGCACAAUGCUAUGGAAUGCAGGUGACCCAAAGACAGGCGAGUCACAGGGGCUCUACUGGGACCAUGCAGUGGAUGGUGGUUUGUUCCCACAGGAACAGCCAAUCCAAUAGACUAGCAUUCAGGCCAUUACUGUAAAACCUAGACUAGGCAUAGUCUUCCUUCUGUGUGUUCAAGUGUUCUUGUCUUGUAUUUUAA